AUGCAUCGUAAUGCUUCGAGCAGAGACACCAAUAGCCAGAAAUUCACAAAGCUAAAGAGAGUAGAAACUGAUCCAGAUCCUGACAUUUACGACAUCACCUACGUCGACAUUUCUCCCUCCGAAGGCUCCUCUUCUCCUCUGUCAAGAUCACCAUGGGCGGUGCAAGUCGAUCCCACCGACGUAGAACCGGCGUAUUCAACGGCGAAAUCUACGGCGGCGUCCACCGACGAAACCAAGAUCUACUCUCCCAACAUCCUCAUGGGCUCCCUGGUCCGUGAGGAAGGCCACAUCUAUUCCUUAGCUACAUCUGGCGAUUUACUCUACACAGGAUCCGAUUCCAAAAACAUCAGAGUCUGGAAAAACCACAUCGAGUUCUCGAGUUUCAAAUCGAACAGCGGGUUGGUGAAAGCGAUCGUGCUCGCCGGAGAUAAAAUCUUCACGGGGCAUCAGGACGGGAAGAUCCGCGUCUGGAAAGCCUCGUCGAGGGACUCCAACGUCUUCCGCCGCGUUGGCACGAUGCCGAAUCUCCGGGACUACAUCAGAAACUCGAUCGCGCCUUCCUCGUACUUCAAUUUCACGAGGCGGAAUCGAACCAGCACCAGCGCGCAAGGGUUCCGGCACCUGGACGCGAUCUCGUGCCUCGCCUUGAGCGAAGACAAGAGGCUUCUGUACUCCGGAUCGUGGGACAAGACGUUUAAAGUGUGGAGAGUCUCGGAUCUGAGGUGUUUGGAGUCGGUGAACGCUCACGAGGACGCUGUAAACGCCGUCGUUUCGGGUUUCGACGGUUUGGUUUUCACCGGAUCUGCGGACGGGACGGUUAAGGUGUGGAGGAGAGAGGAUCAAGCGAAGGAGACGAAACAUUUCUUCUCCGAGACGCUUUUAAAACAAGACUGCGCCGUUACGGCGAUCGCGGUUGAUCAGAGCGCGACGUUAGUUUAUUGUGGGUCUUCCGACGGAACCGUUAACUUCUGGCAACGAGAUCACAACAUGAAAAACGGCGGCGUUUUGAAAGGGCAUAAACUCGCCGUGCUCUGCCUCGUCGCGGCGGGGAGUUUGUUGUUCAGCGGUUCCGCCGAUCUCGGGAUUCGCGUUUGGAGGAGGCCAGAACGCGGCGGCGGAGGAGGAGGAGGAGGCGUGCACGUGUGUAUUUCGGUUUUAACGGGACACGCAGGUCCGGUGAAGUGUUUGGCGGUGGAGAGAGAUCAAGAAUCGGCUUCCGGGGAGAGACGGUGGAUUGUGUAUAGUGGGAGUUUAGAUAGGUCGGUGAAAAUGUGGCGUGUGUCGGAAAAUUCGCCGCCGAUAGAAUCCCGGUCGGCGGAUCCGUUUAGUGGUCCGUCUGAAUUGACGGUGGCUCCUAGCUUCUCGGCUCAAGGGAGAAUCAGCCCCAAGAAAUAG